UUCCAUCUAAUCACUUUACAUUUUCUAUUUCAGAUCAUGUUCUCCUUCCUCUCCGUCGGUUGGGGCCUACUCGCUGACAUCGAUAUCGAGAGCGAAAGACUACGGGCCAUCGGCUCCCAAAGGUUCGCGAUCUGGGCCGUAGCCAGGCUGGUCGGCCUGAGAAGGUACAGAGGCGUACUGAGCUACGCGAAAAUAAAGGAUGUGAGCAAUCUACCCAAGCCGAAGCAACCGUUCACCCUGAGCCACAGCAUAAGCCAGGACGGCGCGCUCGAUUCCCCCGACGCGGAAGCGUUUAUCGACUGCGACGACCACGCGGAAGUGUUCACGAGCGCCGUGAACGGUAAGCAUCAGAGAGUAGAUUCAUGGUACUCCGUCAAUUCGCGUCGGAGCGCGUUUUACAGCACACGCGGGUCUGAGUACCACAGCGUCACCAGCGAAGGCUCCGAGAUGCGGUCGCCGGUUCACGCCUGCAUGCACGGGCCCGCGUCGCAUCUGCCGUCGCUCAUGUCACAACUGCCCUCCCACUGGGUGCACGAGGAGGGCGAAUUCGUAUUGGUCCACGUGUCAUAUCAGUCCUACAUCGGCGAGGACUUCUUCUUCGCCCCGCGGUCGCAGCUGUCCGACGGCGUGAUGUGGAUGCUCAUAAUCAAGUCGGGGGUCAGGCGCUCGCAGCUCCUGUCGUUCCUCUUGAACGCCGAGAGCGGAACGCACGCGGAGAUCGACAGCGAAUACAUCAAAAUGGUCCCCGUCAGCGCAUUUAGAAUAGUUCCUGAAGGGUCGGAGGGUAACCUCGCGGUCGACGGCGAGGUCGUCGAGUACGGCCCCAUCCAAGCCGAAAUAUUCCCUAACAUAGUUAAUGUACUGGUCCCGGAUACUAAAUAACGAAUAACUCCAAACCGUUUUAUUUAAUUAAACGCGGAUUAUUCUCAAACCGUCUGAUUUAGUUAGUUGAAACAAAACCGAGCCGACUAAAGUGCAAAUGUGCAAUAAGACGGAAAUAUCAUUUCAGGUGUAAAAUUAUGGUUGUGCCAGAUGAUAUCUAAAUUAUCUAUUUACCAAAGUAAUCGCAAUAUCACAGAAUUGAAUUUAUCAUUCCUUAUAUGUGAUUAUUUUAGAUUUAAAUUACAAUAUCAACAAAAUUAUUCGUUAAUUGGUUCAAUAAUUAUAUGAAUGUGAUAAUAAUUUUGUAAGUUAUUUAGUUUUCGAAAAUAUUUGUUUAGUAAACUAGUCAAGCUUUGAAAGGUUUUUAAUAUGAAGAAGUGCCAAAUAUUUUGCACUAUAAAGUAUUCACUUGUUGACAUAUUAUGUUUACAAAAUUAGGAAUUGAUUGUGUACGUAUGGGUAUUUGCUCAAGCGGGACAUAAUAUGAGUACAUUAUUCCUACUUGUUAUUAACUAAUUUAUUAAACAGUAGCUUGAAGCAAUAAAUUUACAUUACAAUUGAUUUAAUACUUUGGAUGAGCCUUUAAACUCUUAAACUUGCCGCUAAGAAAUAAUAUUUAUGUUAGUUUGAAUUUAGUUUUAUGUAUAGUGGGUUGGGUCCAUUUUUAGUACUUAUGACUAAGUAUUGCCUGGCAUCGUCAGGUUGGUCCCGUGGGGUGUAACAGCAGUUUUAUUUUAAAGUAUGGUGAUUUUGGUCGGGCUAUAACUAGCAGUAUUAAUUAAUAUGAUAAUAGACAAUUAUUUUUAAUCCUUCUGUGAUAAUUCAUGAUUUCUGCCAUAAAGUCCAUUUGCAAGUA